AUGCAUCCAUUGAAUGCAUUGAAUGUUUGCCACAACUGUUGCCAAACGUCUCGAUUGAAGCCUUUGUUGCGGUUAUUGUCGUCGAGUUUGGGACCGAAGAAGAGUGACAUAUGGAUCCGCAAUGAUAUGAAUGACGACUAUAACCACGAAAUACGGACCAAAAGCGGUGAUAAUGCGCUUGAAUUGAUCCAUUUGUCGCCAAUUGAGUUCACUUUCUGUAAUAUCAACCAAUUGUCCGACGCUUUACUGGAUGUCCACAACUGGUCCGCACUCUGUCUGACGAGUAAGAGAUGUGUCGACGCCAUAGAGAUGGCCAUCAAUUGUCAUAACAAUCACAAUGUAAUGGAUUUGUGGAUCAAAAACAAUAAGAGAGUAUUUGUGGUCGGAAUCAAGUCUUACGAGUAUUUAAGGGAUAGACUUCACUGCGAGUCCAUUGGAAGCGAUUGUGGAAAUGCAGAUAAUUUGGCACAACUUAUGGUCAGUGAAUACGGAGAUGAAUUGAUUGGCAAAGAAGUGCUGUUUCCGUGCAGCGAAUCCAGAAGUGAUAGUUUGCCGCAAUCGCUCGCAAACGCCUCCAUUAGUGUCAAAGAGAUAAUUGUCUACAAAACCACUACUAAUAGACAUUUGGAGUCAAAAGCACCGGAAGUCAAGUCACCGCUAAGACUACGGCUCGAGAGUUGGCUCAACAAAAACAUGAAGAUAUUGAUGAGUGACGGCAGGACUUUAGUCGGCAUCUUCUUGUGCACCGAUCGCGACAGGAAUGUCAUUCUCGGCUCAUGUCUUGAAUACCUUAAACCCAAUGACGACGGAUCAACCGAAGAGCCCCGAGUGCUGGGACUGGCAAUGAUUCCCGGACCACACAUUGUCUCCAUUCAUGUCGAUAAACCACAUCCCAUCACAUGAUUCAUGAAUUUGUUGUUUCAUUCAUACAUUCAUUAGAUUCUUGUUUUUUUUUUGUAAAUUGUAGUAAAAUUUGUUAAACAAUUCAAUAUUUAAUUGAUAUAAAGAUUAAAAUUAUUUUAAAAG